CGGCAUCCAAUGCCCGUGGGCUGGGUCCCGCGCCUCUAGGACACCCACGAAGCCUGGCUCCUUCCCUGCCGGUGUGUCUGGGGCACCGAGGGCGAGCCUGGCGCCAGGCUCACCUCGUUUCUCACCUGAGAGACCCCGGCUGAGUUGCCCCAAAGGCCCAGCCAAGCCGAACUGGUCUCGAUUAAUAAAGAUCUGACCUGCACACGCACCCACCCGCCCCGUGGCGUGCGACCCCUGAGUUUGUUUCUCGCUGGGUAACGGGCUGAGGAGGAGAGGUGGGGGGCGACAACAUGGGUCGCUCAGAGGCUAUUUAUUUUCUUCUCCACUCAAACCCUUCCUCUCCAAAUCUCGCCUGCAAGCUGCCUCCAGCCCACGGGGGUGGACAGCGGCCCUUGAGCCCCCGGUCCCAAUCCACAGGGCUUGGCUUCCCCAUUCAUUAUUGAUCAUAUUUUAUAAAUCCAACGCCACACAAUUUUUUCCACAUUACCGGGAGCCGUGGGGAGGCUGCCCAUCUAUUGGCGGAGGGGAAGUCACGUGGGAGGGGGUCACGUGGUCCAAAGAGGAAAAAGGGGGUCCUUUUUGGUGUAAAUCUGGACUCUAAUUCUGUAAUAUAUCAAGGAAUCUCGUAAAACCGACACUAAAACGUCCCUGCCUACAAAUCAUCCGGCCAAAUUAUGAGUUCAUUGUAUUAUGCGAAUGCUUUAUUUUCUAAAUAUCCAGCCGCAAGUUCGGUUUUCGCCACCGGAGCCUUCCCCGAACAAACUUCUUGUGCGUUUGCUUCCAACCCCCCGCGCCCGGGCUAUGGAGCGGGGUCGGGCGCCUCCUUCGCGGCCUCGAUGCAGGGCUUGUACCCCGGCGGGGGGGGCAUGGCGGGCCAGAGCGCAGCCGGCGUCUACGCGGCCGGCUACGGGCUCGAGCCGAGUUCCUUCAACAUGCACUGCGCACCCUUUGAGCAGAACCUCUCCGGGGUGUGUCCCGGCGACCCCGCCAAGGCGGCGGGCGCCAAGGAGCAGAGGGACUCGGACUUGGCGGCCGAGAGUAACUUCCGGAUCUACCCCUGGAUGCGAAGCUCAGGAACCGACCGCAAGCGAGGCCGCCAGACCUACACGCGCUACCAGACCCUGGAGCUGGAGAAGGAGUUUCACUACAACCGCUACCUGACGCGGCGGCGGCGCAUCGAGAUCGCGCACGCGCUCUGCCUGACCGAGCGCCAGAUCAAGAUCUGGUUCCAGAACCGGCGCAUGAAAUGGAAAAAGGAGAACAAGACCGCAGGCCCCGGCGCCACGGAGCAGGACAAGGCAGAGGCGGAGGAGGACGAGGAGGAGUGAGGGGUGGAGAAAGGGCAGAAGAGGAAAGAGAUGAGAAGGGGAGAGAGGAGGAAGCCCAGC